AUGUUUUUAAAGCUUUUUGGUUUACGAAUGGCGACCCGCCAGCGAUGGGGAGAAAUGAGCAAAGCGAAUCUGUUCAAGAGUGUCGAACGUACCGAGACAGAAGACAGCAGUAACGGCUUCAAAGGCGUAUGGCAUAAGGCUUCAUUGGCACUACGUAUCGACGACAUUGGGAUGCUACCAGCAAGAAGGAUUGACGUUAGACAUCACAAGGCUAGCAGCAAGUGGAUGAUGAGGGCUUCCAGGUUGCCAAGAUGCAUCUAUACAACGCGAUUGGAUGAUGGCGUAUACGUGAUGGAUCAAAGGACGGUAAUCAACAAUUACAGACGUUGGAUUUAUUAUAUCGACAUGGGUUACUUGGUGAUCAACAUUGAUGGUGGAUGA